AUGAACAAUCCAAAACUGUAUCAAGAAACCAAUGAGUUGCAACGUGAAAAUGCCGCCACAAUUGUUAGAGAAUAUUCUUCAAAAUUCCAUUGGCGUGCUGAUGGUUUAGACACUAUUAUCGAUGUGGGUUCAGCUAUUGGUGAUGUUUUUCUCGAAAUGGUUUAUCCAAUAUUUGGUCGAGAUUUUCAGCGAGUUGUUUGCUCAGAUUUAAAUCCGAAUUUAUUGGAAUACGGCCGCAAGCACUACGAAAAUAAAGUGAAAAAUUGUGAAUUUCGUAUUCUGAAUAUAGCCACGGAGGGCGAAGAAUUACCCAAUGAUUUAAAGGGGCAAUUUGAUCAUUUGCUGUCGUUCUUUUGUCUGCAAUUGAUACCAAAUCAAAGGAAAGCCUUUCAAAAUAUAUACUCCCUCCUCCGGCCGGAAGGUGGCAAUUGUCUACUAACAGUAUUCGCACGUUCUCCAUACUAUGAUGCCUAUCAGAAGCUGAGCAAAACAAUUCAAUGGUCUGCGUAUAUGACGGAUGUUGAAAAUUACACUUGUUCGUGGCAUUAUGCCUACGAUCCCGUCGGUGAGGUUAAUAAAAUGUUAAACGAUUGUGGUUUGCAUGAUAUUGAUGUCCAGUUGCGACCGACAAUUUACACUUAUGCCAGUAUUGAGGAUUUUAAAAUUAUAGAAAAUAUGAAAGCAGUCUCACACUAUACACAUCGUAUCCCUGUGGAAAGACAGGAUGAAUUUAUGAAUGAUUUUGCCGAGGCCAUGAUGAAGGCUAAACCUAAUUUUAAAUAUUUCAAUGAUUGCAAUGGUGGAUUUAAUUUUCCCUUUGAACAGUUGAUAAUUUUUGCAAGGAAAUAA